AGCUGCAAGGCGAUGUAUUGAAACUCGUGGUUAUGCAAUAUACUGGAACUGGGAAAGAGAAGACAGACGUGCAAUCUUAUAGUUUAAACUAAGUGAUGUGAAAUCUACAUAUCUUUACGCAGCUAACGUUAACUAGCUCGUAUACAUUAACCCAACAAGUAAAUCAAUUAAAGGCAUCAUGGACAAGUCAUCAUACCGUUUGCUGCAGCUUCUGUCCUUGGCAUGGCUGGCCUGUAGGCCCACCUACAGUUCUAUCACCACCUAUGGAACAAUAAUCCCACAAUCUCCAUCAGUGGAAAUUGGGAAGGAAUUCACCGCCACAUGUGUGCUCUACAAAGCUGCUAAAGCCACAGCGGAGGACAUCUACUGGAAGUUGAAAAACGUCACAGUGCCCAAAGAGCAGUACACCAAGAUAAAUGACUCGGCUGUUAGCGUGACCAUCACCAUCACCAAUGAAACGGCCAACUGGUUACUUUGUGAGAAGAAAGGGUCUUCCUUAUCCUUAAACCUAAAUCAAGUAAUCCAUGGGAUUCUAUUGACCAAAGGGUAUCCCCCUGAGAAGCCUGUGAACCUGUCCUGCAUGGCUGUCCAGUUUGGCCGAAAGAUUUCCUCCAACGUGACGUGCACAUGGCAGCCUGGGACAAGAGACGAGAUGCUGAAAACGACUUAUACCUUGUUUGGCAGUCUAAUUGGUUCAAAUAAGAGCAGCAAAGCUCACAGAAGCUGUGGAUACAUCGACUUCGAUACCUUUCCAAGCUUCAUGGAACUUGCUAUAUGGGUAGAAGUCGAAAACAAGUUGGGGAAGGUGCGAUCUGACAUUCUGGAUGUUUUUGCUGCUGAUUUGGUGAAAACGAAUCCCCCAUCAGAUGUCAAUAUUAUUUCCGAGAAUAACUUUUCCAGGACUCUCUUAGUGAGUUGGAAGCACCCUAUCCAUGUAACCUAUGUAACGCUGAAAUACAACAUCAGGUUCUGCACUGUGGGCUCUCGAGACUGGACUGAGGUACCCCCAAAUGACACCGAAAGCUACAAGGAGUCUUUCCGUCUUCAGUACCUCAAGCCGGACACGGAGUAUGUAGUGCAGGUGCGAUGCAUUCAUUAUAGGGGCUAUGGCUAUUGGAGUGACUGGAGCGCUAACUCUACCGCCAGGACCCCAGAGGACAAGCCUACAAGUAAGCCAGACCUAUGGAGAGUCGUCAUUCCCAGCCAAGUCAAAAGUGAGCGGAGAGUGCAAGUGAUGUGUAAGGAUCCAGUGGAGUCCAAUGGAAGGAUACGGGGCUACAGCAUCAAGAUCCAAGAUGGAACCUGGGAGACUGUGGCGGUCAAUGACUCUGACCUGGAUUCUAGGUCGCAAGAGAGGAAAAUUAUCCCCCUUUACCAGAUUCCCUGGUCUGACAAGAGAAGAGGCCUCAUUGAAUUGAAGGCCUGGAAUUCUGUUGGCGAGUCUCCCCAAGCGUCUUUGGUCAUCCCAGAAUUGACACACGAGCCCCCUUCGGUGGAAUCGCUCAGCUGGUUUACCCAUCAGGGGAGGCUGUGGGUGAAAUGGCAGCCCCCCAAUGUGACGGCCACAGGGGAGCCCUACAGGUCCGAGGUGACGGAGUACAUACUGGAGUGGGUGUCUGUCAGCGAUGGCGCUAUGGACUGGCAGAGAGAACGUAGGCAUACUAGGACGGCAGCCAUUAAAGGUAACCUUCAGAAGUUCAAUCGCUACAAUAUAUCUGUGUAUCCCAUGUACUCUGGGUGGACUGGGAAGCCAUUGACCAUAGCAGCCUUUCUGGAACAAGGAGUUCCUCUGGAGGGUCCCUCUGUGAAAGUGAGGCGGACAGGGAAAAACGACGCUGAGCUGGAGUGGAUGGAGAUUCCACUGGACAAACAGCGAGGGUUCAUCACCAACUACACCAUCUUCUUCAUCACAGGGGGCAAGGAACACUCAAUAGUUGUCUCUAACGACACCUAUUCUUACACUGUGAAGCGCAUGGCCAGCAACAGCAAGUAUGUUGUGCGGGUCAUGGCAUCUACAGUACAAGGCUCUACAAACAGCUCGGACCUGUCAUUCAAUACUCUGAUGUAUGCUUCCGGGCAGAUAGAAGCCAUCGUGGUGUCUGUGUGCAUCAGCUUCCUCUUUUCCGUAGUGCUGACCAUGCUCUGCUGCAUUUACAAAAUGGACUCGAUAAUCAAGAAGAUCUGGCCACCGGUUCCAGACCCCUCCAACAGCACUAUCGCCAAAUGGUCUCCUGAUUUCACAUCCAAAGCUGACACUCCUAAGGAGAAUGCGCUGGGUGACGUGAGUAUUGUAGAGGUGGACGUGUUCGACAGGAAGUCUCUGUGUGAGGAGGACAAGGCAGGCCUGCCGCUCAAGAAGGACAAGUACCUGUCGGAGGAGCAUAGCAGCGGCAUCGGCGGCUCCUCCUGCCUGUCGUCGCCUCACCAGAGCGUCUCGGACAGCGACGAGGGUGGCGACGAGGGCCAGACUACAGCCAGCACCGUCCAGUACUCGUCGGUGGUGGCAUCCUGCGGCUACAAGGGCCAGACCCCCUGCCCUCUCCCCCAGUCCGGCUCCUCCCAGACGCCCAGCUUCGCCCGCUCCGAGUCCACCCAACCCCUGCUGGACAGCGAGGAGCACCCGGAGGGCCCCGAGUCACAGCGCUACCUGCGGAACCCCUACUUCGGGCGCUUGCCUGCGGGGAACAAUGGCGACAGCGGAGACCUGGAGGACUUGAACCAGAUGGAGAUGAAGAAGCAGGGGUUGGCUUUGCGCCAGUUCUGCCCCCUGGAGGAGGACUUUCAGCAGACCACACCCACAGAGGAGGGUCAGUCACCUGACGGACAGCCAGGCCCUGACCCUAGCUACAUGCCUCAGCUCAGCGGCUACAGGCCUCAGUGUUAGGAGGACGUAUGGUGACUUAGUUUGAGGUUGUCACACUUCAUGUACAGUGACUCUUCCUCUGCGCCUUUGUUAAUUUCAUUCACUUCACUCAUUCACUUUCACUUUUAAAUUAUGAAUAUCAGCCUAUUAUUUUUGCACUUACCCAAAUGGCAAUCAUGAACUUCAUGUGGGCUUCGUGACUUGCCUUGUUAAAUUUAAGUGGAUGAUAUAGUUUGCCUGUAUGUCGAGGUUCUAUUGUUUUAACAUCCUAAAAAGCAAAUAGAUGCCUACGUGCAGACCCAUUUAUUUUCAGUUAAUUACUGACCUAGGUAGUUGGCGUCACCCAUUGACCUCCAAAGAAAACAGUAUCCAUAGCCUAGAUGUGGACCCCUAUUCUCUACAAGCCGGCCAAGAUGAACUUUGAAUGAACAAAGUGUGAUGACGCAUCAUUCCAAGAAAGAGGACUUGAAGGAAGCGAAAAGGUGAUGCUAGCCAAUACAACAGGACCCUCUUGAAAUGCAGUACCUUCAGAAAGUAUCUACACACAAUACCCAUAAUGACAAGGUGAAACAUGUUUUUUUGAAAUUUUAGCAAAUUUAUUGAAAAUGAAAAACAUGAUUUACAUAAGUAUUCACACCCCUGACUCAAUACACGUUAGAAUCAUCUUUGACAGCAAUUACAGCUGUGAGUACAAGAGCUAUGCGAGGCUGGAUUGUACAAGUUGUUAGUUGUUCAUCAUUGCUCGAAAGCCAUUUUCAAGUCUUGCCAUAGGUUUUCAAGCUAAUUAUAGUCAAAACUGUAACUAGGCUACACAGGAACAUUCAAUGUCAUCUUGGUAAGCAACUACAGUGUAUUUUUGGACUUUUGUUUUAGUUUAUUGUCCUGCUGAAAGCUGUAUUUGUGUCCGUGUCUGUUGGAAAGCACACUGAACCAGGUUUUCCUCUAGGAUUUUGCCUGUGAUUAGCUCUAU